AUGCUGGAGGUCCUUGAGAAACAUUUCCACUCUCAUGAAGCCCAGAAGACCCAUUUGACCCAGGAACAAACCAUCCUCCUUCCCUAUCAGAUAAGCAGCAAGGCUAAAGUAAUGAAAUCUCACCUGGCGUCCAGAUGUCUAAUCAUGCCCCUCAAGGGAUCAGACUCUCUUUCCCAGCUGCCUGCUCCUCAAAACCCGAAGAUUCGCCUGUACAACGCAGAGCAGGUUCUGAGCUGGGAGCCGGUGUCCCUGAACAAUGACACAAGGCCGGUAGCCUACUGGGUGCAGUAUAAAUACACCUCUAGCAAAUGGAAGAACAUCCCAUGGGUGAACUGUACAAAGAUCACAGAGACAAAGUGUGACUUCACAGCAGCCAGCCUUUUAGAGGGUUUUCCACGGCAUUUCAAUGUCUCUUUGCGUAUUCGAGCUCAGCUGGGAGAGCUCGUUUCUGCCUGGGCAACGGUGCCUUGGUUCCAACACUACCGGAAUGUUACCGUUGGGCCUCCAGAAAAUACUGAGGUGACACCAGGAAAAAACUCACUUAUCAUCAGGGUCUCCGCUCCCUUUGACAUCAAUUCAUCCAUGGUCACUUUUCGGUAUUAUGUCUAUUACUGGGAAGAAGCCGGAACCCGAGAGGUUAAAGGCCCUUUCAAGAACAAUUUCAUUUUGUUGGAUGGCUUAAAACCCUUAAGUGUAUACUGUUUACAAGUCAAGGCGGAACUGGUUUGGCCAACACAAGGCAUCUCUCGACCUGGGCAUUUAAGUAAUACAUCUUGCUGCAAGACAACAGCAGAUGCUGCUACUGAGUUUUAUCAAGCCAUCCUGAUCUCUUUGGGAACCUUUCUGACAGUGGGAUUGCUGGUGGGACCCUGUUUGUUCCUGGUCCUGAGAUACAGAGUCCUGGUUAAAUACUGGUUUCGCUCGCCACCUAAGAUCCCAUUACAAAUAGAAGAGUAUUUAAAAGACCCGGUUCAACCUGUUUUGGAGGCUUUGGACAAGAACAACUCGCUGAAGGAAGACGCCUGGGACUCUGUGUCCAUCAUUUCGACUCCAGAAAAGGAGCAAGAAGAUGCUCUCUAAAGCACUUUGAACCAAAGCACUGGCCAAAGCACAGCCACCCCCAGUAAGAAGACACUGAGCCAAUGA